GAUGAAAAUUUUGGUGAGUUUGGUCAAGCAUCAACUGAGCAACCAACUGGUUCAGCAUUGGCAGACAGUGAAACAAAGAACAAAGGUCCUGUUCCUUCCGACACACAUAACCCAGAUCAGAUAGAUGAUUCAGCAUCAGGUUCUGUUCCAGAUUGGUGUGUUUGUGGCAGAUGUCACCCCAUGACACAAGAUGUCGAGAAUAAAUGUUGCAAACUUAAAAAAUGCAUAACGCUUUCUUCCCGAUUCGCGAAAUUGUGUCUGGAUCCUGAUGUGAUAGACUUGUGCAUAAGAAACACAGGGGAUAUAAGAAACGAUAGAGAAGACAACAGCAGUAGGGCUUUUCCAAAAGCAGCCUAUAGGCAAUUUAUUCUUGCACGCCAUGGGCAUCUUCGUAAAGGAAACAGACGAGUCUGCCCUUCAUGUGUAGUAAUGAAAAUAAGGGAACGGUGGCCAUCCAUUACUGGAGUUUACAUGGGGUAUAGGGAAAACUAA